CGUCCACCAAGGCCGUCGAGGAGCGUGUAGUGCGACAGUGUUGGUAGGACGCUCUUGUGGAGCUCCAUCGCCGGAUUUUUCCUCUGAACUGUCUCUCCGUUGCUGAACUCGAGGUGAACUCAAGGUUCGGAAUUUGCCAAAACAAAAUAUUUUUCAUGGACAGGAGUAAGCAGUCCUUCUUGUCCGCGGAAUGAUAUCACAAACUAAAGUGACCCCUCCACUCAGACGUUUAGCUGUGAUAGCCAUAUGACUUCCUCUAAAACCCACGGAUCCAUGGACACGAAGCUGGGCGUGAAAAGUUCGGGGCCAACCCGCUAGAGUGCGGGUGUGGCAAAGAAUGGCCAAAGAUCCCGCGGGCUCGAGCAGUUGGUGGGGGAUGCCACGAGUGAUCUCGUCCUUGUGGACAUCGCCGGAGGAGGAAGCCGCGGGGGAGAGCGAGAAGGAGAACAUGGAGGAGUUGGUCGAGAAGCGACGCCGCUCCAUCCGCGAAAGGGACGUCACACCCUUCGACCGAAAGGAGGCUACCGAGAACAGAGUCGUCCGAUCCAACUCCAGCAAGAGCCGGAGCCGAAGUCGAUCGUCGAGUGGCUCGGUCAAGGUCUCCAAGGCCGAGGCUCAAGUCCCGUCCAAGAACGACGAGAACAUCUCCGUAGAAAUCUCCAACAUCAGUUUUUCCUUCUUCAACGAGGAGAACAAACAAGACCUGGCGCUGCUCAACAACCAUUCAACGGAUAAACCAGAGUCUCCCGUCCCGGUCGUCGAGGCUCCCCAAGUGGACAAGCUAGAGAAAGAUCCGGACGAAUCCGACGACCUCUCGUUCUCGUCGACGUUCAGCAGCCCCUACGAUAAGGUCCAGAAGAAGCAGCAAGAACCCGCAGGAACCGUCCCAGACCCACACACCGUGGAGUAUUCAGUGCCCAAGAGAUCUCCGUCCCCUAUCUACUCGUCCAUCAGCAAAGUUACACCGGAAGCGGAAAGCGGGAAAGCGCCGAAACCGGAACUCCCCGAACCGGAUUGGACCCCGAGCACGACCAACAGCUCGGAGACCCCGACCGACUACGUCCACGUCAAAGCGGACGGACACAACUACGAGGACAUCGACCUGAAGGAGUACAUCCAGCACCGGGCCACCGUCAAGACGAACAUGCGGCGCCUGUCCCUGCUCCGCUACCGGCGGAAGCGGUCGUCGAUGGAGGUGCGCUCCAAGGUGGACCGCUUCUGGCGCUACGUGCGCAAGUGGUGGGUCGACGAGCGGGCCAAGAUGCACGAGACGCUCGGGAAAUACCGGAAACAGAAGGAGAAGCCGGAGCCCGGCCCCCAAGUCGAGGAGCUCCAGAGGCCCCAAGUGGAGAGCGUGUCCGACACGGAGAGCUUCGACACUUUCACCGAGGACGAGGCGGAUAAGUUCGACGUGGACACCCACGUGAGUCUCCCGCUGGAUAUCGAGCACCUGCAGGACUACCGCAAGUCGUCUUUGGCCGAGGUGUCCCUCGCUAGCAGGCCCGUCUCCGCGCUGUCCUUCAAGAAACGGAGCCUGAGGAGCCUCAUCGUCAAGAAAGGAGCUUUGAGAGCCAGCACCGAGACCUUGAAAACCAAUCCUGUCUUCAGGAGAAGCCGCCUUUAUCCUGAG